AUGAGCGACGACAAGAGGCCGAGCGUUACGGGCUCCCACCACCGAAGAUCUGUCGCUGAGGAACCCGUGACUUCGGUGCUGGGCAGCCAUGAGGUGCCCGUCUUCGAUCGCGACUUGACCGCCGACGAGGAGGUGCUGGCGGCGCUGGGUUACAAACCCGAGUUCAAGCGCGAAUUCUCCCUCUGGACCACAUUCUGCGUCUCGUUUGCCGUGCUGGGAUUACUGCCUUCGUUUGCGUCCACGCUGUGGUAUGGCAUGGGUUACUCAGGGACGCCGGGCAUGGUAUGGGGGUGGUUGAUUGCCAUGUUCUUCAUCCAGUGUGUUGCCAUGGGCAUGGCUGAACUGUGCUCCUCGAUGCCUACUUCAGGCGGGCUGUACUACGCCGCUGCCGUCCUCGCCCCUCCCGGAUGGGGCCCCCUUGCAGCGUGGAUCACAGGCUGGUCCAACUGGCUUGUCCAAGUCACCGGCGCCCCUUCCGUCGACUAUGCUCUCGCGUCGAUGAUACUCGCCGCCGGUGCCAUCACCAACCCGUCAUAUGUCCCCCAGAACUACCAGGUCUGGCUACUGACCACACUGAUCAUGAUCAUCCAUGCCUUCAUCUCCUCCAUGCCCACCAAAUUCAUCGCUCAGUUCAACUCUUACGGUUCGACCUUCAACAUCAUCGCUCUGGUAGUCGUCAUCAUCAUUAUCCCAGCGAGCACCAACCGCCCGUCCCAGGGACUUUCCCGCUUCAACCCUUCCUCGGAAGUCUGGGGCCACUUCUAUCACGGCACCGACUUCCCCAACGGCAUCGCCGUCCUACUCUCAUUCUUAUCCGUGAUUUGGACCAUGUCGGGCUACGAUGCCCCGUUCCAUCUUGCCGAGGAGUGCUCCAACGCCAACAUCGCCGCCCCGCGCGCCAUUGUCCUCACUUCGGGCGUCGGCGGCCUAAUGGGCUGGUUUCUGCAACUCGUCGCCGCGUAUACCGUUAUUGACAUUGACGCCGUGCUCAACGACGAAGUCGGCCAACCCUGGGCCGCCUACCUGCGACAAGUCGUCGGCUACAACACCGCACUGGCCAUCCUUGCUAUUACCAUUGUUUGCGGCUUUUCCAUGGGCCAGGGCUGCAUGGUCGCCGCCUCGCGCGUCACCUACGCCUAUGCACGCGACGACGUCUUCCCUGGCUCGCGCUGGCUGAAGAUCGUGAAUCACCGCACCCUGACGCCCGUCAAUGCCGUGUGGUUCAACGCCUUCGUCGGCAUCAUGCUGACGCUGCUGCUCUUCGGUGGCGUCGCCAUAGACGCCAUCUUCAGCAUCGGCGCCAUCUCGGCCUUUGUCGCUUUCACCAUCCCCAUCACCAUCCGCACGUUCUUCGUCGGCAACCGCUUCAGACCCGGCCCGUGGCACUUGGGAAAGUGGAGUUACCCGAACGGCGUGCUGGCCACGUGCUUUACGGUUGUGAUGAUCCCCAUCAUGUGUUUCCCAAGCGUUACGGGCAAUAAUCUGAAUGCGGAGUUGAUGAAUUGGACGUGUCUCGUGUGGGGAGCCCCGAUGCUUGGCGUGCUGAUCUGGUGGGUGGUUGAUGCGAGGAAGUGGUUUACUGGACCCAAAGUCAACAUUGAACACAUGAUGCUGGGCAGAGAAGGGAAUCUGAUCGACGGAACUGUGCAAAAGGUCGAGACAAAUGGUAGGGCCAGCAGUGAAGGCAGCAGUGGUGGCGAAGAUGGGCUGAAGGCGAAGGAAGCCGGAAAAGGUACAGGCGCUGAUGUCGUCUGA